GAAAGACUUCAUUCCAGAUAACUUACAGAACGUGAAGGAAUUGUUAUGAGCCCACCAAAAUUGACCGAGCCACUGACCAGGGGAUGGACACUGACGGAUGGGGCUUUGUCGCUUAUCGCCAGUGAGGCAUGGGCUGCCAGUCGGCAAAUCUACCGAGCUGUGAAGAAGACUGAUCUGCACAGGUCUUCUUGGUUGUCUGAUAAGGGAGACUGCAGUGCUUACCUCAAACUUGAAAAUGACCAGGUGACAGGAUCUUUUAAGGCACGAGGAGCCACGCAUAAGGUCUUAUCGUUGGAACUAGACGCUGUCAGGAGAGGACUUGUCACAUGCUCCUCCGGCAAUCAUGCGCUGGCAUUCCUGCAUGCCUGCAGCUUACUGCCAUCUCUGAGGGGUCCAGAAUGGAGCACAAAGCCUCUGAUAUACCUUCCAAAGACGGUCAGCAGCGCAAAGGCCAGCAGGCUGAGGGAGCAAGGGGCGCAGCUGGUGUUGCACGGCGAUGACUCAGUGGAAGCUGAGAGGGAGGCGCGGCGAGCGGCUGCCGAAAGGAGAAUGACCUACGUCAGCCCUUACAAUGACCCCCAGGGCACGAUAGCGUUGGAGCUGCUGAGUCAGCUGCCUUCUGGACAGCUGGACGCCGUGUUUGUGCCCGUUGGCGGCGGCGGCCUCAUCUCAGGAAUCUCCAGCGUGUUGGCUGCGGUGCGGCCGAGGGUGAGAGUGAUCGGGUGCCAGCCGGCCAACUCGUGUGUGAUGAUGGAAUGCGUUCGCGCCGGCCGCAUCCUAGACCUGCCCAGCAGAAACACCCUCUCUGACGGCACUGCAGGGGGCGUGGAAGAAGGGACUGUGACUUUUCAGCCGUGCUGUGAGUUGGUGGAUGAUUGGGUGACGGUGGAGGAACAUGAGAUUGCUGGGGCCAUGGUGGGGCUAAAGGAGGCAGAGGGUAUUUCUGUGGAGGGGUCGGCUGGGGUGAGCCUGGCAUGUUUCUUGAAGACACAGGAGCAAUGGCGAGGGAAGAGCGUUGCCAUUGUGUGCUGCGGUGGCAACAUCUCCGAUGCAACCUAUGCCAAGGCGGAGCAGCUGGCUCGGACGUAGACACUCAAUUGAAAAUUGGCCACUGACUUCUAUUAUUACCCAGACAGCUCAGGCAGUGACUGACUCGGGCACUUGCAGCACACAUAAUGUACACUUUAUGUGCAUUAUUACACAAUGCGAUACUGUAAGUAAUGCUGAUGUCAGCAUCAUACUUUUACUGUGCAUUACCAGUGCGGCACCUGAGCAAAAACUGAAAUAUUGCACUCAAGUACACACAGGCUGGCCUUCUUUAUAAACUAAAGCUGACAGAACCAAGCAUGCUGCAUCCUCAUGCGCUGGAUACAUUGUCAUAUUCCUGAACGAUUUGAAGGGGCAAGGACCUGCAGGAACUAUUUACAAUGUUCACACGUUCCUGGUGGUUGUUUAUGCCCUGACUCACAUGUCUUAUUUCAGUAUCACGGCAGGUGUGGGUUCACUCCCUGUAGACUCCCAUGGUUCAAGAGUGUUCCGGGUACUGCGAAUGGCUGGUACACGAAAGCAUAGGAUUGCCUUAUCCCAAGACAUUGCGAUUGCUGUUAAGUGGCUGUUUUUCU